ACACAAUGGGGAAGUCCCUGCCCAGGCGUUCGUACUCAAAUGAGCCUCCGUGCUGAAGUGAACAUACAGGCCGGUCUCACUCUCCUCUUCACACCGAGGUUCCUUCCACCGUGUCUUCGUCUCGCCAGGCUGACAGUUAUCUGGGGCCGAUGGGUGGACGCUGCCCCGAGGGUCAGUACUGGGACGCUUUGCUCAAAAAAUGUAUGCGCUGUGGUUUGGUGUGCCAGCAGCCGAACGUCACCACCAGAUGCGUCAGCUACUGCGAGUCUGCCAAUUGUAAGAUGCUGCCUGGCCACUUCUACGACGUGCUGCUGAGGAAAUGCAUGAGGUGCGCGAACGUUUGUGGCAAACAUCCAGCAGAAUGCUCCCACCACUGCCAGACUACAUCGCCUCCUGCCACCACUAAAAGGCUCAUGGGUAAAGUGACCUCACACGUGCCGAAUUCCAGGGGCCUCUCCGUGCCAACGGCCCUGGAGGACUCCAGCAUCUUCCUCUACUCCCUGCUGGCACUGUGCACGCUGCUGCUGUUUUCGAGCUUGUCUUUGGCCCUGGCCAUCUUCCUGAGGGGAUCCAGGGCCAAAGCCUCCCACCCAGCGCCCAAGGAGGCCAAGCACAACCGGGGCUGCGUUGUCCGGCCAGGCGAAGAGGUCGGCAGGCCAGGCGGCCAGCUGGGGCAAACCAAAUCCAAAGAUUUCGUAACAAGUUCGAGCUGCCCCACCGACCGCGAGCCAUCGGACGACUCCAGCCCGACAGAGACUUGCGUCUGCGUCCACUGUUUCCCCGACCUGAGAGCACUGGGCCAAGGCAGCGACAGGCCACCCAGGGCACCUCUCACCUUCUUCCAGCCGCCGGUCCUCCCUCUAGUGCAGGGGGCGGGGCCUCUGUGGACCAACGGGAGCCAGCAUUCCUCUGGACUUCAGGGGCCAGGAGGAGGCGACGGCAGCAGCAGAGAGAUGAAGUUCAUUUGCUCCGUUUCAAAUCCAAGUGUCCCGCAGGAGAAUUGGAUCGGAUAAACGUGACCCCCCGACACACCAGAGGAGUUCAUCGAGACUCUGGAUUGUUUUUACUCAAAUUGAAAAACAAGCCUCUCAACAAGCAGCAGCGGGAAGGCAUUCACAUCAAUAAGUAUUAUAAUGCUUUAAAAAAACAACAAAAAACUACUUGACAAAAGCAAACGGACAUUAUUCCAUUCCAAAAGUGCCGUGUGAUUCAUAGAUAACUGGGAAAGAGUCGACCACGUCUCAUUCCUCGAUGAGAGCAUGCAGAUCAAAUGUGGAAUUUAGAUAAGUUUUACUAAUGCACACUGUACCUAUUGUAAGUACCAUUGGAAAUGAGUUCACCAAUAGGUCCCCUGUUGAGCUCCUGACUCACCGAGCUGACUGGCUUUCUUCACACCUCCUCACAAAGACACACCUGACCACCGACAUGCAGGUCAACUCUGUGAAAGGAAAGAACUGGACAAUACAGUACACUCCAGAUUUCCAUCGUUCACAAUCCAAAUAAUCAUCAUGGAAUAACACAAAACAGCAACCGUUUCCAUGACACUGAAGGCAACUCAACUAUAAAGUCAAAUGCAUAUUGAGAACAUGACAUAAUGUCUGUGAAGCAGGCAGGGUAAAGUUUGGCGCUUCAAGCUCACAAUCUCGUCAUAGUGGGGGAGGAGAAACGAGGUGGAGGUUAAUCGUGCAGGACCAGGACAUUUUCACAACUUUAGAAAGACACCGCGUGUCUGAGUUCAUGAAUCCUACUCAUUUGUUAGUUUCAAGAAAACAAGUGGUGGAAAAUAUAUGAAAACAAUUGUUGCCACGCCAUAGAGUCACCAUAUAUAACAGUAUAGUUAUGACAAAUUGAGUCUUACUGUAUGUCAGUAAGCAAUGCUUGAGCGUUUGUCUAAUUAAAGACAAAAAUAAUGACAAUGAUGGUGAAGUAAUGGAGACGGUCUCAAUGGUGCAGAUCAAUCUUCUGAAAAUUACCAGUCAAGUGUCUUUUUUGUUCCCACCACCGGGAGUCCCAAAUGUCCCAGGUUCAUGUAUAGGGACUUAGUAGCAGAGAUGUCUGCACUCAUGUGAAUGUAAAGUACAGGAUAUUGUGUGUUUCAUUUGUAAUAUGUGUAUAAAAACAGUUCAUACAUUACCAAUGAUAAAUAAACAAGCAACGCAAGGGAGAUUACAGAUAUA